AGGCCCCCGCCCCCGCCUCGCUACCGGCUCGGCUGUAGGUGCUUCCGUGCCGCAGCUCCCGCCUCGGGCCGGGGCUCCGGGCGCCAGGCUGCAUUUUGGUGACAAAACAUCUUGUUUUCAGGGAGGCUGGGCGGCUGCUGACAGGGUGAGCGGCCACGGCAGGGUCACUUCAGCGAGUCCAGGGGCGCGGCUUUGGGGUCCGGCUGGCAGCACCCCGACUCGGGACCGCCGCCGCGGCGGGAACCGGGGGCGGCGGGGAGCAGCGCCCACGCGGGAAGGUCGAGCUCGCGGGUGAGGUCACCGUUGCCAUGACUCCGGGCAGUGACGCGCGUCGGCACGUGACCAGCGGUUGCCAUGGCGCCGGGCCCCGGCGGCGCGGGCGCCCCGCCCCGGCGUGACGUCAGCGCGCCCCCCUCCUCCCGCCCCCCGCCCCCUCCCCGCGGCGCCCCGCGGCCCCGGAGGUUUCAGUGCACAAGAUGGCGGCGGCGGCGGCGAGCGGAGCCGGCGGGGCUUCGGGGGCCGCGGCCGGGGGGGCCGGGCCGGCGGGCCGCCUGCUGCCUCUGCCGGCGCCGGGACCCCCGGCCGCCCCCGCUGCUGUGCCUCCGGCAGCGGCCUCGCCGCGUCCCCCGGCCCCGGCCUCCCGCGGGCCGGCGCCCGCCCGCAUCGGCUACUACGAGAUCGACCGCACCAUCGGCAAGGGCAACUUCGCGGUGGUGAAGCGGGCCACGCACCUCCUCACCAAGGCCAAGGUUGCUAUCAAGAUCAUAGACAAGAGCCAGCUAGAUGAAGAAAACUUGAAGAAGAUAUUCCGGGAAGUUCAAAUUAUGAAGAUGCUUUGCCACCCACAUAUCAUCAGGCUUUACCAGGUUAUGGAGACAGAACGGAUGAUUUAUCUGGUGACAGAAUAUGCUAGUGGAGGGGAAAUAUUUGACCACCUGGUGGCCCACGGCAGGAUGGCGGAGAAGGAGGCCCGUCGGAAGUUCAAGCAGAUCGUCGCCGCUGUCUUUUUUUGUCACUGUCGGAACAUAGUUCAUCGUGAUCUGAAAGCUGAGAAUUUGCUUCUGGACGCCAAUCUGAAUAUCAAAAUAGCAGAUUUUGGCUUCAGUAACCUUUUCACUCCUGGGCAGCUGCUGAAGACCUGGUGUGGCAGUCCUCCUUAUGCUGCACCUGAACUCUUUGAAGGAAAGGAGUACGAUGGGCCCAAAGUGGACAUCUGGAGCCUUGGAGUCGUCCUCUAUGUGCUGGUGUGUGGCGCCCUGCCGUUUGAUGGGAGCACACUGCAGAAUCUGCGGGCCCGAGUGCUGAGUGGCAAGUUCCGCAUCCCAUUUUUUAUGUCCACAGAGUGUGAGCACUUGAUCCGCCACAUGCUGGUGUUGGACCCGAGUAAGCGCCUCUCAAUGGAGCAGAUAUGCAAACACAAGUGGAUGAAGUUAGGGGACAACGACCCCAACUUUGACAGGUUAAUAGCUGAAUGCCGGCAGAUAAAAGAAGAAAGACAGGUAGACGUUUUGAAUGAGGAUGUCCUGUUGGCCAUGGAGGACAUUGGACUGGACAGAGAGCGGACACUACAGUCAUUAAGCACAGAUGCCUAUGAUCACUAUAGUGCAAUCUACCAUCUGCUGUGUGAUCGACAUAAGAGACAUAAAACCCUGCAUGUCGGAGGACCUCCAGGCAUGCCCCGAGCCAUGGCCUUUCAAGCACCAGUCAGUAUCCAGGCGGAGCAGGCGGGUACCACUAUGAACAUCAGCGUUCCGCAGGUGCAGCUGAUCAACCCAGAGAACCAGAUUGUGGAGCCGGAUGGGACAGUGAACUUGGACAGUGAUGAGGGUGAAGAGCCUUCCCCUGAAGCAUUGGUUCGCUAUUUGUCAAUGAGGAGGCACACAGUGGGUGUGGCUGACCCCCGCAUGGAAGUUAUGGACGAUCUGCAGAAGCUCCUACCUGGCUUUCCUGGAGUCAACCCGCAGGCUCCAUUCCUUCAGGUGGCCCCUAACAUGAACUUCAUGCACAACCUGUUGCCCAUGCAAAAUUUGCAACCAACUGGGCAGCUUGAGUACAAGGAGCAGUCCCUGUUACAGCCGCCUCCCCUCCAGCUGCUAAAUGGAAUGGGUCCCCUUGGCCGAAGGGCUUCAGAUGGAGGAGCCAACAUCCAACUACAUGCCCAGCAGCUGCUGAAGCGCCCACGGGGACCCUCCCCACUUGUCACCAUGACACCAGCAGUGCCAGCAGUUACCCCUGUGGACGAGGAGAGCUCGGACGGGGAGCCAGAUCAGGAAGCUGUGCAGAGCUCUACCUACAAGGACUCCAACACCCUGCACCUCCCUACGGAGCGGUUCUCCCCUGUGCGCCGGUUCUCAGAUGGGGCUGCCAGCAUCCAGGCCUUUAAAGCCCACCUGGAAAAAAUGGGCAACAGCAGCAGCAUCAAACAGUUGCAGCAGGAGUGUGAGCAGCUGCGGAAGCUGUACGGGGGGCAGAUCGAUGAGAGAGCCCUGGAGAAGACCCAGCAGCAGCACAUGCUGUACCAGCAGGAGCAGCACCACCAGAUCCUCCAGCAGCAGAUUCAAGAUUCCAUCUGCCCUCCGCAGCCCUCCCCGCCCCUUCAGGCCGCAUGUGACAGCCAGCCAGCCCUCCUCACCCACCAGCUGCAGAGGUUAAGGAUUCAGCCUUCAAGCCCACCCCCCAACCACCCCAACAACCACCUCUUCAGACAGCCCAGUAGCAGCCCUCCCCCGAUGAGUGUGGGCCAGCCCCAUGGUGCUGCAUCUCCCUCCCAGUUCCAGGGCUUACCCUCCCGCAGUGCAGUCUUCCCACAGCAGCCUGAGAACUGCUCUCCUCCUCCCAGCGUGGCGCUCACCUGCCUGGGCCUGCAGCAGCCCACCCAGCCACAGCAGGUGACCAUCCAAGUGCAGGAGCCUGGCGGCGUGCUCAGCAACAUGCCGGGGGCAGCUGCAGGCUCCGUGGGGCGGGGCACCUCCAUCAGCCCCAGUGCCAGUCAGAUCCAGAUGCAGCACCGUGCCAACCUGCUGGCCACCUUCAGCUACGGGCAUCGACCCUUGUCCAAGCAGCUGAGUGCUGACAGCGCAGAAGCCCACAGCUUGAACGUGAAUCGGUUCUCCCCUGCUAACUACGACCAGGCGCAUUUACACCCUCAUCUGUUUGCGGACCAGUCCCGGGGUUCCCCCAGCAGCUACAGCCCUUCAGCAGGAGUGGGGUUCCCUCCAGCCCACGCCCUGAAAGUCCCUCCACUUGACCAAUUCCCCACCUUCCCUCCCAGUGCACAUCAGCAGCCACCUCCCUAUCCCACGUCAGCACUACAGCAGGCCCUGCUGUCCCCCACGCCGCCAGACUACACGAGACACCAGCAGGUACCCCACAUCCUCCAAGGACUGCUCUCCCCCCGGCAUUCGCUCGCAGGCCACUCGGACAUUCGGCUGCCCCCAGCAGAGUUUGCACAGCUCAUUAAGAGGCAGCAGCAGCAGCGGCAGCAGCAGCAGCAGGAGUAUCAAGAACUGUUUAGACAUAUGAACCAAGGGGAUGCUGGGAGUCUGGCUCCCAAUCUUGCAGGACAGAGUAUGACAGAGCACCAGGCUUUACCGUAUCAAAAUGCUGACUCGUAUCACCACCGCCACACCAGCCCCCAGCAUCUUCUGCAGAUCAGAGCUCAAGAAUGUAUCUCCCAGGUUUCCUCAAACAGCCCUCCCCAGGGCUAUGCUCAGCAGCCGGCACUCCCGCAUCCCGAGAGCAUGGAGGAGGAGUGCUCCUGCGUGGCAGCCAAGGACGUCUUUCCAGACAGGCAGAGUUCAAGUGCAUUGACCAAAGGUUGCCAUGACAGCUCUCUCCUCUUGAGUACUGGUGGACCUGGGGACCCUGAGUCUUUACUAGGAACUGUGAGCCACGCACAGGAAUUGGGGAUACAUCCAUACCAACAUCAGCCAACUGCUGCAUUCAGUAGAAAUAAGGUGACCAGCCGAGAGUCUGUCAGAGGGAGCUGCAUGGAGGGAAGCUCUUCAGGACCAGCCAUGGAGCUGCCAGAUCAUAAUGGGCUUGGGUACCCGGCACGCCCCCCGGGUGGCGAGCACCACAGGCCCCGGACACUGCAGAGACACCACACGAUCCAGAACAGCGACGAUGCCUAUGUGCAGCUGGACGACUUGCCCGGGAUGAGCCUCGUGGCUGGGAAGGCGCUGAGCUCUGCCCGCAUGUCCGAUGCUGUCCUCAGCCAGGCCUCGCUCACGGGGAGCCAGCAGCUCCCGGACCGGGAGGAUGAGGAAUGUGGGGAGAGGUUAGGCCAUGAGCACCUGGACCUGACUGACGGCCAGCAUUUGAGCUCUUGCUACCCGUCCACGUGUAUAACAGACAUCCUGCUCAGCUACAAGCACCCCGAGGUCUCCUUCAGCGUGGAGCAGGCCGGCGUGUAACGGGACCCACGGUCCGUGUGCAGCUCGGGACAGAGGGAUAGCGUGAGACUAAACCAGCAGCAUCCAGCAGCAUCGCGCCUGCCCUCUCCCCCCAGAGCGCUUGCUCCUUCCUCCGUCGGCUCUGUCAUGUGCUGCUCCUGUGGGCUCCGAGGGCCUUUUGCCAUGUUUGCUUGUAUGACCCACUCACCCAGGAAAUAAACAGGAAAUCACGUUCACACCUUUUGUGAAAGUGUAUCUGGUGGAUUUCAGUUGGUGGUUUGGUUUGGCUUUGGUUUGGGGUUUUCAUUUGGAGGUGAUUUUCUUUUUUUUUACUUUUGCUUCUCUUUCUUUCUCUUUUUUACUUUUGAAAGAGAAGAGCAAACAGAGGACAGAGCCUAGGGGACCUAGAGCCCCCCCAGCCUCCCCUCCCAGCACCCUCCAGGGCUCUGCAUGGCUCUGUGCAGGAGCAGCACUGAAGGGCACCACCUUUGGAAUCUCAGUGGCCAGAGAAGGGAGAGCAAAAGCAGCAGGCCCAGGCCUGGCACCUGGGGAGACGGUUCCUGCUGGAUCCACCGCCCACCAGGCCACGCUGGCAUCAGAAUGUCCGCGUGAGGCGGGGAGGGCCUGGCGCUGAGGGACGCGGGGUCCGUGUGAGCCUCUUCGGUGCGUGACUCAGUUCCCCUCUUGUAACCUGGAAGGUUGGUGCCUUCCCAUCCCGCUGCCUCCACCCAUGGGCUGAAACUCCACCUCAGCCCCUCUGCUUGUGUCAGCUGUGCUCGCGCUGUAAAAAGGUUUGAUGCCACACACACUCCCGUCAGCCUCUGUCACAGGCAGGACCAGAAGCUGUGCGGCCCUGCCUCUCUGGCCUGCGCCUUCACUGGGCAUCCUCACCCCCCACCUUCAUUCUUGACCAUGUAGGAAUUGUUUUGGUAAAUGUUGAUAUUGUUAUUAUCAUUAGUAAAUAAAAACAAAAGGAACUUUUCUUUAAAAGACAAAUGUUUAACAGAUUCUGUUCUGUUUGAAUUGGGCCUUGCACCUUUUGCUCACAGGAUUUCCGUUAGCCGCCGUCAUGAGCAGCUCUCCCUGCGCGGGACUGUCCCGUGAGGACGCACCGGCAGAGCUGUUGUUUGUGUCACUACCUUCCCUCCUCGCCGUUAGAAACCAAAGUCUCGGGUGCUGGCUGGCUGAUCCUCACAGCAAGAAAGAGAUGUUUAAUGUUCGGACUCUUGGUCCUUUCUUUCUGGAAAAGGAGAGUAGGGUCCCCAGUCCCCUCCUAGUCUUUCAUCCUGAAUUUGCACAGAAGAAAGCGGGUGCCCGGCAUGGCCAUCCAGGGUUCCGACAGGACCCGUGGCUGGUCCUCACUGGCCCUGCCGCUCCCUCCCUGCCCUCCCUCCUGGACUCCGCAGUGCCAGCGCCUUUCUCGGGAUGGGUCCCGUGUCCCCCUGGUCCCUCCAGCCCUCCACCUCUCACCAGAAGGAGGCUCCAACAGCUACUGUGUGAUUCCUGGGCUCCUUGAACUCCAGCCCCGACGGCCCACCUGUCCUGUGUGCGCACUGGAUGGACCGAGAGCAGACCCGCCCUCCAGGUGGAAGCCAGGGAGCCUGUCAGUUGUGCCAUCUUGCGAACUAUUGCUUUGUAUUGUAGUAACCGAUACGCGCAGUAUAUGUUGAACGUAUAUUAAUAUAGUUUCUUAAUUCUGUUCUUGGAAAAUGUCAGAAGUAUUUUUUUCUUUCCCAUUUAUGUUCAACUAAAAAAGGAUUUAAAAAAUCUCCAGACCCAAGUUGCAGUAAGACCUUUAGCCCCUUUUUUGUGGGCACUUACAACUGAGUAACUUAAUUGGAUAGUAGGGGAUUGUGAAAAUAAAAACAGAUUACCAUCUCA